AUGGUCAAGAAGAGAAGAGCAGCUAUACUACCAACUAAUAUUAUACUAUUACAAAAUGUAGUACGAAGAGAUCCAGAAUCAUAUCAUGAAGAAUUUUUACAACAAUAUUCACACUACGAAUCGUUAAGAGAUUUAUAUUUGGAAAAUCCAACAGGAGCAGAUUCAAAUUCCACAACAGAAUUUAUAGAACUUAUAGGGUUUUUAUCAGCUGUUUGUAAUUGUUACCCCAAAGAAACAGCAAAUUUUCCACAAGAACUUAAGACAAUAUUAUUACAAAAUCACAAGGAUUUAACUUCAGAAUUACGUGAAAAAAUUAUACAAUGUUUAACAAUGUUAAGAAAUAAAGAUAUUAUAACUGCUGAAAGUUUAAUCCAAACUAUUUUUCCUUUAUUGACAAGUUAUUCAGCUGGACAAUCUGGUCAACAUGUAAAACAAAUGAGAAGACAAAUUUAUUCAACUUUAAUAUCCCUAUUAAAAUCAGUAAACACAGGUACAAAAAAUCAAAGAUUGAAUAAAUCAACACAAGCUUUAUUGUUUAAUUUAUUAGAACAAAAAGAUAAUCAAGGUUUAUGGGCCACCAAAUUAACUAGAGAAUUAUGGAGACGAGGAAUAUGGGAUGAUUCAAGAACUGUUGAAAUUAUGACACAAGCAGCUUUACAUCCAGAUGUAAAAGUUGCUAUAGCAGGUGCAAGAUUUUUUUUGGGAGCUGAUAAAGAAAGAGAAGAAAAUUUUGAAGAUUCAAGUGAUGAAGAAGGAUUUGAUAUGAGUGCAUUAAAACAUAAAAUGGAAGUUAAUAAGAAAUCACUGAAAAGAGGUAAAAAAUUAGAUCAAGCUGUUAAACAACUUAAAAAGAAAAAUAGUACCAAACAUUCAGCCACUUAUUUAAAUUUCUCAGCUAUACAUCUUUUAAGAGACCCUCAAGGUUUUGCUGAACAAUUGUUCGAUAAUCAUUUAAGUUCUAAAAAUUCAAACAAAUUCGACUUGGAUCAAAAAAUUUUAUUUAUGAAUCUUAUUUCAAGAUUGAUAGGUACACAUAAAUUAAUUGUGUUGGGAAUAUACUCAUUCUUUUUGAAAUAUUUAACACCAAAACAAAGAAAUGUAACUCAAAUAAUGGCAGCUUCAGCUCAAGCUUCACAUGAUUUAGUUCCACCAGAGAAUAUUGAAUUAGUAGUACGUAAAAUAGCCGAUGAAUUCGUAAGUGAUGGUGUAGCAGCAGAAGUUGCAUCAGCUGGUAUAAAUACUAUAAGAGAAAUCUUAUCAAGAGCGCCCUUGGCUAUUGAAGCUCCAUUAUUACAAGAUUUAACAGAAUAUAAAGGAUCUAAAUCAAAAGCUGUGAUGAUGGCAGCAAGAUCAUUAAUAUCAUUAUAUAGAGAAAUUGCUCCCGAAAUGCUUUUAAGAAAAGAUAGAGGAAAAGUUGCAAGUAUUGAAUUACAAAAAGGUGAAAAAUCAACAAAACCUCAAUAUGGUGUUGAAAAUUCAGUAACUGGUAUACCAGGUUUAGAACUAUUAGCUAAAUGGAAAGAAGAACAAGGUAAAAAUGGUGAAGAAGAUGAAGAGGAUGAUAAAAAUUGGGAAGUUGAUGAAGAUGAUAGUGAUGAUGUUGAAAGUGAUUGGGUUGAUGUUGAAAGUGAUAAAGAAAUAGAUAUUUCUGAUGAUGAAGAGGGCAAAGAUGAUGAAGAGGAAGAAAAACAAAAAGAAGAUGAAGUGUCAGAUUUAGAAUUAUCGUCCGACGACGAAGAAGAAGAAAAAGAAGAAGAAGAAGAUUCAGAACAACCACCUAAAAAGAAACUUAAAACAGAUACCAAAGAAUUAAAGAUUGAAGAUCCACAAGCAGCAAUAAAUGAAUUAUUAUCAUCAAGAAUACUUACACCAGCAGAUUUUGCGAAAUUAGAAGAGUUAAGAACUGAAGCAGGUUUGUCCAAAAUUAUGGGAAUCACGAAUGAAGAAACAGUUGAUUCAACUACUUUAGUUGGAAAAAUUAAAUAUAAACAAUUAAGAGAAGAAAGAAUUGCUCAUGCAAAAGAAGGUAAAGAAGAUCGUAGUAAAUUUGGUUCAAGAAAAGGUAAAAAAGAAAAAGAAAGUUCUACUACAAAUAAAGAAAAAGCAAGAAAGAAGAAUUUUGUUAUGAUGAUUCAUAAAAAAGCAGUUCAAGGUAAACAAAAAUUAUCAUUAAGAGAUAGACAAAAAGUUUUAAGGUCUCAUAUCGAUAGACAAAAAAGAGGUGGUAAAAAAGGUAAUAAUUAG